AUGUUGCCUGACCACACUUUAGUGUCAUCUACAGAAAAGGCCGCUCCCGGUAGAAAAAUUAUGAAAGAAAGAGUCACUUUUAUGCCUUGCGCAAAUGCGACGGGCAACCAUAAACUUCGUUUACUUGUUGUAGGAAAAGCUCACAAGCCUCGUGCAUUUAAAUCGGUUACACUUCCUGUGUACUACCGAGGGCAGAAGAAUGCGUGGGUUACAAGAGAUUUAUUUUUAGAUUGGUUCAACACUGAAUUUGUUCCUAGCGUUCGUCGUCAUCUUUCUUCAAUUAAUUUUCCUAUGGAAGCUGUAUUGCUAUUGGAUAACUGCCCAGGUCACCCAUCUGUAGAAGAACUUCGUAGUGAAGAUGGCAAAAUUUUUGAGAAGUUUCUUCCACCAAAUACAACUGCUCGUAUUCAACCAAUGGAUCAGAAUGUUAUCCAAAAUAUAAAAUUGAAUUACCGAAAAACUUUACUUACGAACAUUUUGGCGGACGAAGAAAACGGAAAUGACUUGGUGGUAGCUUUGAAAAAAAUCAAUCUUAAAGAUGUUGUUUUUAACUUGGCUAACUGUUGGUUAUCUGUCUCGUCACAUCUGAUAAAAAUGUCAUGGAUAAACCUUAGUCCACACCUGGUUGCUGUGAACGAAACUACUGAAGUUCAGGAAGGCAGCAUUAUCUUCACCCCACUUUUAGUCAAGUUGACUCCAAACACAGUCAUCUCUGAGGAUGAAAUUCAACAGUGGGCAUUCGUUAUGCGGCAUCUGCAUCCGGCUCCGAGUCCCGUCAACGCCCAUUAA